AGCUGGACACCCAGCAGCAGUCAGAGCAGGAGUCAUGAGAAUUGUCCGAAAGCUUCACAACACUGGAGAUGCUGCAGUCCAGGAGAAAGAUAAAAGCAGCAAGGAAUUAGAGAGCAGCAGCCCAUCCAAGCAAACAAUCCUUAUCUCCGGGGCUCUCACCAGGGGUGACAAGGACUUCCCUCCAGCUGCUACCCAAGUCGCACAUCACAAACCCCAGCCACGAGUUGAGAAAUUGGCAACUCCACAUCAGACCAACUCCUACAUUCAUCAGCCACGUAAAUGAAAGGUGAAGGAGCAUGAGCAGUGAGCUCACACACCAACAAGCGCACAUCCUCAAUGACCACUCUCCUCUUUUUCAAAUCAUUGGGAAUGGCAAAAUGGUUUUGUUGAAAUUAGUUUUGGGUUUGAUUAGGGUGUCUGAUUUUGUCGGGCUUCUCUGUGUACCUGCUACAGGGUGAAUGCUCAAUGUCUGUUAUUGCAUGCCCAUUGGGCUCGUGCUGUUGACUGGAGGGAUGUUAAGUAUUUAUUCACUGAUGUAGCAAGUUGCAGCGUUUGUCAGUGUUGAAUGACCCUAUCAGUCUAUCGAGGGGAAAUUGGUGUUUGUUGGUGGUACCAAUGCAGCUGGUGAAUUAGCCAUUUUACACACUCUCUGCUUUGCUUUGAAGUCACAGGAAAUUCAGACUGUGUGUGCGAGAACAGGAAUUGAUUCACUGUCAUCCCCUUUUGUCUGACUGCCAAAAUCAUAUUUCACCCUUGUUUCCUUGGGACCGUUCUCACAGUGCACUGUUUCUCUGGGGACAUGUACAGCCAGUUCUCACUGUGCACUGUUUCUCUGGGGACAUGUACAGCCAGUUCUCACUGUGCACUGUUUCUCUGGGGACAUGUACAGCCAGUUCUCACUGUGCACUGUUUCUCUGGAGACACG